AAAAAUGAGCGUAAUUACUUUAAAAGUUAUUUUUGUUUUUAUUUUUAUUUGUAUGUUUCAAGAAAUUGUUUUUGCUGCAGAUUGUAAAGUAGGUUCAUGUCCAUGCAGCGCAACUGGCUGUCCAAAUGGAUCUAAAUGGAAUUGUAAUCCGUUUGGUGGAUGUCUUUGCAGUUAUGUCCCGUUAGGUGCAUGUCUGUGGACAUCGGGAGUAUGUUGCACUUCGUCAGGAUAA